CACCGCGAUGUUUUGAGUUAGUUCGUGGGGAGGGGCGCGGUGGUCUUCAUGUGAAGCGGGGGAGCCGUGAGCGCGUGUGUCGGUUCGUAGGAAAGCUUGUUUGUUAUGCCGGUUUAUCCAUAAAAACCGGAGCGACGUUUCCGGCGGGCGGGAUUCGCCGGUCGUCAGGGCAGCAGCACGGAACAACCACGGGUGCACGGAGUUACCGCACCAGGAAACAACCACGUACUUUUUCCCUCAAGAUUCUUAUUCCAGGAGGAGUGUUGUACUACUAGUAUUUCCACACACAGGAACCAGAGAUGGAUGUAGUACGUUACCUUCAGUUCGGGUUGUUUAUAUUCUGUACGGGGACGGUGCACCUACCGACCGUAUCGAGUCUGAUCGACCCUCGGUUGGACUGGCACACCCCGUCCGAGCAGGACCUGCGCCAGGUCCGGUGGGCCAUGGCGGCGUACCACUACCUGCACAACCUGGCCUGCGACGCCGUGUUCUUCACCACGGAGCGGGAGUGCCGGACGCUGGUCUCCAUCCCGCGCUCCUCCGUCCACCUGUACAUGACCGAGCCGGCCGAGCGAGGCAGCGGCGGCUACCUGGCCGUCCUCCCCGACGGCGGGCUGGCCCGGGCCGGUCGCCACGACGCCGUCAUCGCGCUGGAUCCGUACCCCAAGGCGAGCUUCGGGCAUCUCGUGCUGGUGUUCUACCUAGACACGAACGUCGCUGCCGCCAAAUGUGCGAGUCAGAGUGGAGUAUACCUCGGAGACAGGGAAUGUUUGACGCUAUCGCUGAAGAACAGAUGCAGAAACGCCCUGCAGCGGAACCUGCGGAGAAGAAACUUCGCCCGGCGGUGCGAGAUCAACUUCCUCCCGAAGGUCCGGCUCGUGAACGACCCGGAGAAAAAGCAGCAACUCCGCUGCCUGGACCACAUCGACGGCUUCGCGCCCUGCCCUCCCCAAUCCGGCGUGGAUCGCUACGAAAUCCCGCGGUGCGAGCUCACGGAGAACACGAGAAGAUGCGAGAAGUUCCGUCGCGGGGAGGGCGCAUUGCGAGGGUUCUGUCGCCCGUGGGAGACGUGCGAUCGAGCUGUGAUCGUAGGAAGCGGGUGGAACCCUCAGGUGGGCCGAGACCAGCAGAGGGAGGCUGCGGUGAAGGCGUGGUACGGCAUGCUGCGGCGCUACGGCUUCAAACGGAGCAGCAUCAUGACGUUCUACGGCAGUGAUGGCGACAUCGACCUUGGAGAGUCCCCUGUAGAAGCGUACCCCGCCACCCACAAGCUGUCCAUCCGGAACUACAUCGUGAACACCUGCCGCCACCCCACCUGUGUGGAGACGCUAGUCAUCUACCUGAACAGUCCCGCUACUAACGACGGGCAGAUGCUACUCUGGGACAAAGAUGGCGACGGACAGGCCUCAAAGUCUGAGUCUUACAAGGUGUCAGAAUUUCUAGAGGACAUUGAGAACUGCUUGGCCCGACGAGUCCUCGUCUUCGUGGACCAAAGCUACUCGGGCUCCUUCGUCGACAAACUUCGGGCGUCCCGAAGACACACGAACGUUGCCGUGUUCGUCAGUAGCAAGGCGAACGAGUACUCGUGGAACACCGAGUUCACCAUGAGAUGGGUGAAUGCUUCUCAUACAGAAUGCGUCGGCAGGAUACACAAGUUCUCCCGUUACUGGAUAUCGUCACAAGUCGACAUGGCGGAGGGCGCCCCGGGAGUCGCCAACACUACCAUAUUUGGCGCUCCCUGUGACGUCAUACCGCCAUAUUCGGACCACGAGCUGAAGCAUGGCCGCGAGUGUACAGGAUCUCGCGAGACAUGGCGAGACAUGGCGAUAUUCAAAUUAUGA